UCUCUGUACCCACCACAGCCGUCACCGCCACUACUACUACUUCUACACCUACCAUCUCCACCACUACCAUCACCACCUCUACCACUAGUGCUACUACUGCUACUAUCGUUGGCAUAUCUGUCAUGGCCUCAACAACAUCAACAAUGCACGGCCGAGAUGUAGUGACGAUGGUACAGACUCAUGUUGAUGAUGACAAUGAUAAUAUUGAUUGGUGCGGCUUGUACAAGGAUACCCAGGCGAAAUACCUCACCCUCAAGGGACUCUCUGCUAAAGUUGCUGAUACAUACGAGGAUGUAUUUGUCAAGUACCGAGCAUGUCAAGAGGAUAGAGGAAAACUUAUCCGAGCGAAAACUUCACUUGAAGAUAAGUUCGAAGAUCUCACUAAAUUAUUGGAACCAGUGUGGAAGGAAUACCAAUUUCUGAAAGCCAAAUAUCAAAUUGAAUCAGAUUGUCGACAAGAAGCUGAAAAAUAUGCAUCUAAAGUGACCAAAGAAAACAAAGAAUUGCGUCGGAAGAGCCAGGAUUUGCUGUCUAAACUAGAUUUAAAUGCAGACCUUCGUGUGUUUGAAAUUGAUAUAGAGAAGGAAGAUGGUGGUCAACAGAAUGAGGAAUCAGAGGAGAGGAUCCAUUACCAGAAUCAACUGGAAGAUCUACAGAAUAAAGUGGCUGAAAUGAAGUUAAAGAAUGCUGAACUCCAAGAGGAACAGAACAACCGAGAAGAGGAGAAUCGAGAAACCAAAGAGAGGUUAGUUACUGUUGAAAAAGACAACAAAGAAAUGAAAGAAGCGCUGAAACAAUACAGAGAGACUUUGGAAGAAUUCCGAAGAGUUUAUGAAAGUUCCUAUGAAGAAUAUGAAGACAUACGCAAAAAAUACAAUGAAGAACGACAGUGUCGUAAUGAAGCAGAACAAUAUGCGAAGAAGUUGCACCAUGAGACAGAGGUGAUAAAGAGACAAAGUAGAAUCUUACUGUGUCAAGAUUUUGGUGAUGAACGUCUACAGAAGGCCUUGGAUGACAUUGAGCUGUUGAACCGAGAACUUCUGGAGCUGAAGGAUGAAACAGAGAAAGAGGUCACCAGUUUAAAGGCAGAAAUAGAGUUGUACAAAUCAAGCGAAGGCAACAUUAAAAUAAUCAAGAAGAACAAGGAACUGGAAGAACAGAACAACAGUUUGGAAAACAAUUUGGUCCAGCAGCGGGAGCAGUAUGAGAGUCUUAGUAAGAAAUAUAGCGAUCUGGAAAAAAUCUAUGAGGACAGCAAACGGCCACCUCCGCCGCCACCACCACCGCCUCCACCACCACUACCACCUCAGAACUCCAAGGGGUUCCUGGCAAGAUGGAAGAAAAAGAAAGCUCGAGUGUCAAAGACUGAAGAAGAAAAUACUACCACAGUCAAAGAAGAUCUCCACAAGAAAGCUCUUGAAGAAAUGAUGAGUCGCAUCAGAGAUGGAAGAGGUCUGACUGGAGCAAAGAUGAGACGGCCAUCUUGCCAAGAUAAACCAAAGGACGAAGCUAUUGAUGAAUUAAAGAAUUUAAUGACCAAGAUGAAACGUACCAAAAGUGACGGUAACUUGUUGGUGAAGAGUACGGCCUCUCAGGAAUUAAACGAACUGACCGCUGUGUUUCGGAAAAUACGUAUGAAAAGUACAAACUCAUUAGAGAAGAAUGAAGAGACAUCAGAACAGAAUUCAGUCUCAAACGAUUGAAAACUUAAUGAUAAAACUGAAAAAAUCUUCAUAAACAGCAUAUCACUGGGGAUGAUGAUGAUGAGGAUGACAUGGGCAGUGAUGGCGUUGGCGAUGGAGUGGGUAGUCUGGGAAUCAAAUAAAAAUGUUUUGUUUUUUU